AUGUGUCUUUGUCUUGGACCAAUAAAAUCUGGCAAAACAUUUUUAAUGAAACGUUUGCAAGGGGAUGAGAUAGAUGAUGCAACCCAUACUGUUUCUACUAAUGGUAUAAAUCUAUUUACAAUAAAAAACAACACUGGUGAAUUUGAUAUAAUUAUUAAAGAAAUUGGCGGUAGCAUGGCGCCAAUAUGGAAACAUUACUUUGAUAUGGUACGGAAGAUUAUUUACGUAGUAGAUGCGAGCAAUCUUUGUCAAAUAAGUGCGGCAGGUGUAUUACUUUACUCUUUGUUAGUUGACCCUAGAUUGCGAAAUGUAAAAAUUGCAUUAACAUUAAACAAAAUGGAUCUUUCUUAUCGUCAAAUGCGCAAUGAAACCUUACUUAUACUUCAAUAUUCACGACUGCAAAAAGAAGCUACACAAGAAUUGACUAUAUUUGAAACUAGUGGAAUGUCCGGUCAAGGUAUUGAAGAAUUAAGAAACUGGAUAUUUGAUCCAGCUACUUUAAAAUCGGCAAUAAAUGCAAACAAGUAA